UGGCCUCCGUGAGAGGAAAGAGGCGGGGCUUAACGCCGGGGUUGAGCUUUCAGAGCCGGAGAGCGUCUCCGAUGGUUGCCAGCCGGAGAGACGCGCCAAACUUGCCGCUCUCUGAACGCCGCUCGCCGGCUCUCACCCUCACCCUACCGCGGUACCGGGCUUUGCCGGCCGGUUGUCGUUUCAACCCCGCGAGGACACAUUCGCCGCGGCUUGGCGGAUAAGGGGAAAGUUUGAGGAGACAACGGGGGACGCCGAGGAGACAGCUGCGUGACUGAACUUCCACCCAAGCAGCCCGAGGGGACCAGGCGGACGGGGAGGAGGAGCUAACAGGUUUCAGGCACGCCCACUCUGCUGCGUUCCCGAGGACUUUCGGACUACUGCCGAACCCCACUUGAGAAGAUAUGAAAUCCAACAUCAAACACCUCACUCACACGAGUUGACAGGCAGUAACUUCUAAAAAGCUCGCCCUGCUUCCAGAAGACGGGUUGGUUGGAGCAAUCGAUGCGGGCAGUCUGCCGGCCGGAUGCCCACUUGGCUGCACGGCGCUCCAUCAGUCUGAACUUCGACACGACAGAGGCUGCCAAGAGGAGGCCAAUCUCAGGAGAGCAUCAUGUAAUUGGAGUGAAGAGCCUCCUAUCAGCACUGCUUCUUCUGCAUCUUCUUGAUAAGAACAUUUUUUCAAUAUUUUUUUAAAUCAGCGACUGAACCCUAAACUGGAUUUUAACCCGAGUGACAUAUCCUGGCCGGACACUGUCGGAAUAUGUGCUAAUCCAGCAUUCCCAUGGGGGAUUAAAUCCAGCCAGUAAACCACACAGACUCACUUUUGGCUCUGUUAGCACUUACGGAGGUAUUUUUUCAUAGUGAGCGACACCCCACCAAACAUGGCCGGGAAGGGCAACCCGAUGCCGGGCCCCCACCUCAAUGGCUUCCCAAUGCCCACCUACUCCUACUUCUUCCCUCACAUGUUGGGGAGUCUGUCACCUCCGGCCCUGACAGGACUUCCCCUGAGCGGCUACAGCACCCCCUCACCAGCAACGAUAGAGACGCAGAGCACCAGCUCAGAGGAGAUAGUGCCAAGCCCGCCCUCGCCUCCCCCGCCGCCCCGCGUCUACAAGCCCUGCUUUGUGUGCCAGGACAAGUCCUCAGGGUACCACUAUGGUGUCAGCGCCUGUGAAGGCUGCAAGGGCUUCUUCCGGCGAAGCAUCCAGAAGAACAUGGUGUACACUUGUCACCGCGAGAAGAACUGCAUCAUCAACAAAGUCACCCGCAAUCGCUGCCAGUACUGUCGGCUUCAGAAGUGCCUGGAAGUCGGAAUGUCCAAGGAGUCGGUGAGGAAUGACCGAAACAAGAAAAAGAAGGAUGAAAAGAAGCAAGAGUGUACGGAGAGCUACGUGCUGAGUCCUGACACGGAGCAAAUGAUCGACAGGGUCCGCAAGGCGCAUCAGGAAACGUUCCCCUCGCUCUGCCAACUCGGCAAAUACACUACGAAUAACAGCUCAGAGCGACGCGUGUCACUGGACGUGGACCUCUGGGACAAGUUCAGUGAGCUGUCCACCAAAUGUAUCAUCAAGACGGUGGAGUUUGCCAAGCAGCUUCCGGGCUUCACGACGCUCACCAUCGCCGACCAGAUUACCCUGCUUAAAGCCGCCUGUCUGGACAUCCUGAUACUGCGGAUCUGCACACGCUACACGCCAGAGCAAGACACCAUGACUUUCUCAGAUGGACUCACGCUAAACCGAACCCAGAUGCACAAUGCCGGAUUCGGACCCCUCACCGAUCUGGUUUUCGCCUUCGCCAACCAGCUCAUCCCCUUGGAAAUGGACGAUGCCGAGACGGGGCUGCUCAGCGCCAUCUGUCUGCUGUGUGGAGAUCGUCAAGAUCUGGAAGAAGCGGACAAGGUGGACGUCUUGCAGGAGCCCCUUCUGGAGGCACUGAAGAUCUACGUGAGGAAGAGGAGGCCCCACAAACCGCAUAUGUUCCCGAAGAUGCUGAUGAAGAUCACCGACCUGAGAAGCAUCAGUGCGAAAGGGGCUGAGCGUGUCAUCACCCUGAAAAUGGAGAUCCCAGGCUCCAUGCCCCCCCUCAUACAGGAGAUGCUGGAGAACUCAGAGGGCCUGGAGAGCGGGGCUUCGGGGGGCCGACCCUGCGGCACCCCUCCGGGCAGCUGCAGCCCCAGUCUGUCCCCAAGCUCCGCCCAAAGCAGUCCAGCCACACAAUCGCCGUAGUAACGGCCCACCUUGUGUUUGUGUUAGUUCAAACCAACGCCGGUCAGUUUCCUCCUUCAGUGGACUAAAAGAGGAGCACCGAAGGAGGAGGCUUUUGACUGCUGACUGCUGAUGGAUGGAGACUGGCAAAGCCCGCCUCCUUCCUCCUCCCGGUCUGCUUUUCCUCACACAGUUACCGCGUGAGGGGAGGUGCGGCCGGGGCACGCCGCCGGGGACGCCGCCGAGAGACCACACCGUAAACACUGCUGAUGACUCCUCCUCCUCCUCCUUCUUUUCACGCCAACGCUGCUCCUCCACCUUGACGUGAAUCCGGCGCAGCAGACAGGAAGUGAGAGUGGCUGGGACGAAUACAAUGCAUAUUUGACAAACACCAGACACUUUUUUUUUUUUGUUGUUGUUGUUAUUGUUGUCGUUGUCGUCGUCGUUGUUGUCGAGGCAGACUACAAGCUUGGGACUUGUCAAAAGACCCUCCUACACCUCCUCAAAGACUUGGGGUCUUUUCUCUUUUUCCAGCUUCAAAAAAAAAAAAAACAGAUUUCGUACACAAAGAUAUAUAUAAAUAUAUAGAAAACUUAAGGAACUAUUGUGAUGGACAGAAUGGAAGCCGCCGUCACAAGGACAUGUUUUCUGAGAUUAGGAAUUGUUGUACUCCAUCAUGGUUUUUACCCAUCAUGAGAAAAAUGUUUCAGUUUGAUCACACGUGUACAUUACGCUAAUUAACAAAAACAAGCAAAAGAGGAUUUUUCCAGUCCCCACACACACACAUACACACAUAUACACACACAUAUACAUACAUAUACAUAAUAAUAAUGUGCACAGAAAACAAGUGAGCAUCUAUUCCUACUAUUCCAGGUUCUUUUUGUAUUUUAUUGCUUCCAGCAAAAUGGAAAAAAAAUGAUUGUAUGAACUUGGUUGUAUGAUAUGGUCACAGGUCCUUUCAAGAAAUCAAUUUAAUGAAGAUUCAUUAAUAAGGUGUAUUUUAAGUAGCCUUUGAGUUUGUGUAUAUAAGCUGUAUUCAUUUCUUAAAAACUAUGAAGAGUUUUAGGCUUCACGUGAUUUUUUUUUUUUUUUUUUUUUUAAAGAAUACCUUUUAUGUGUUUUGUUCAUGGGUUUGUGAUUCAAGGAAAUACAUUUUGAGCACACUUUA